AUGGAGGAGCCGCUUGAUCGAGGCGAGCGAAAGAGGCCGUCCCUGGCGGCGUUCUGGGAGCGGCCCGCAAAGGACGGUGCAGCCGCUGCUGCCUCAGAUACACAAUCGUCUCGCCCGUCCGCCGCCCCACCGCCAUUGCAGGCAGCUGCAGGCAGUGCAAAGACCCUACCUCGCUCGCAAGGGGCCGGCUCCUUUGUCGGCGUGCAGAGGCUCAUCCAGCAGUACUCGGCCUCGUCGGCGGGCGGCGCCGCCCCAGCUGGCCCCUCCGAGACGCCAAAGCCUUUGAGGCGAGUCCGCGUCUCUGCAGCCCACACGCCCGCCGCUGCCGAUCAGCCUGCCAAAGAGGCAGGCCCAGCCGCGGCUGCGGAAUUCGCCAGCCCGACCCGGUCACGUUCCUGGAGCAAAGGAGGAGCGGCCAACCCGCCAGAUGCCGCUCCGUCUGAGACCGCUGCAGCCACCGAACAGGGCCUGAACCGGUCCGAUGACGCAGCAACGCCGGCGCUACCAGCAGCGGCCGUGCCACCCGCAUUGAUCGUGCCCAUGGUCAUCGAGCCGUCCGAUACCGCUUCCGGACUGGCCCAAGAGGAUCCGGGGACCAAGAGCGGGCCACACUCUCCGAUCAUCGCCUCCGCCGAGGCCAUGGGAGGUGCGGAUGAGCCCAAGGCGACCGUCAGCAUCGACGCGGGCACAGCCUCGAGUGCUUCUGGCUCGGAUGCAGUGCAUCGGCUCCCGGGAAGCUCUGGGAUGGUUGCGAGCGCAUCGGCCGACAGCGCCGCCUCUUCGACCGGUCACGGUGGCGGGCGUGGCGGCGCUGGCUUCGAGCCCAUCAUUCCACGACGGUCGUUGUCCUACGACCUCGGUGCCGACUCGGACAAGACCUUCAGCACGAGGCCGCGCAGCGCGACGCGGUCCUACCUUGCCGCCGACGACGAGCCGCGCGAGGAGCGGCGGCAGCUGAGCCGCACCGAUUUCGGCGACGAGGCGGCCUACCUUGCCUACCGAGACGCGGAAAAGUCAAGGCGGAUGAAGAAGACGCUGCGCGAACAGCUCAAGCGGCGGAGCAAGCGGCGGUCCGGCAGCGUGCAGGCUGGCGAAGCCGCCGCAGGUGGCUAUAGCCACGGCGGCUCGCCGGUGACUUCGACGGCGGUGGCGGCCAUGCUGGGACGGGACGAGGCCUUCGGAGCCCAGGCUAAGCUGGCCCGCCCGCCGCGCUCCACCCACUCUGCCUCGAGCAGCGUCUCUUCGACGCAACAGCAGCAGCGGGUGCCGCAGCGGCAUGAGCGGCCUGGCCACGGCCGACAGAUCUGGAUCGACUCCGGGUCCUCCUCGAGCUCUCGCGACUUUGAUCAUGAGACCGAGCAUGACCAAGACCUCGCUCAAUCUGGCCUGAGCAGCCCUCGCAGUCUCGUCGACACCUUCUACGAUGCCGAGCUGUCCGGAUCCUCACCGACCAAGAUCCCUCCGGAAGCCUCCUUCCUGCCUCGUAGCUCGACCCACGGCAGCGGCGGCGGCGGCGGCGGGCACGGUGGGACCAGGUCGUCGAAGCGGGACAAGGAGCGCUCGCUCUCCCUCGCCGAGGAGUCUGAUCAGCUCGAUGCACCUUGGCUGAGCUUGGGAAGCCCGACGCUGCAUGAGCCGACAUCGACCAGCACGCUGCGGCAGGACGCGAUGCAGCAGCAGGAGCGCGCCAAGCCCUCCGCUGUCGAUCAGACGCCUUCGAGGGUGGACCUGACGGCGUCGAGCUCUAGGUCGAGCUCUUCGACGUCCGCCGACCUGGCAGCAUCGCACCAACGCUGGCUGGCCAUUUCGAGCGCCAGCGGGGCCUCGACCAGCUCGGCACCCAGCAGCUCGCCCGUCUCUCCGGCCAGCCAUUCGUUUGGACCGUCCGCCAUGAGCCCAACCACCUCGCAGUCGUUCCACGCUGUCGGCGGGCCCGUCGUCGCGACCCCAUUGCGGUCGCAUCGCACGGGCGCGGCCCUCCCUCCACCACGGCCGACGCCCAACUCGCCGCUGCCCCCGCCACCGCCUGGCGCGAAUCCGCCGGGACGCAGCAGCAGCCGCAUGCGCGGCUACACCGCGGCCGUACACCCCAGCGUCGGCGUACGCACUGGCCUCGAUGACGCCAACGGUCGGAAUCGCAGCUUCAGCCUUGGGCAGGGCGCGCUCGCGGGGGCAGAUGCCUCUGUUUCGAGAGAGCGGCCCGCACCGGCGACGGCUCCGUUGACGACCAUCGAUGGCGGUCUUGGCGUGGCAGGCGCCACCCCGGCAUCGAUUCCAGUCGGCCGGCCAUCUGGUCUGCCACCGACGUUGGCGCAGAUGGGCCGCUCGAUGUCAUCGAUGGCCGCACCCUCGGUGCCGAGCGACCCUGUGCCCACACCGCAGGCGUCGACGACGCUCGGUCCCAGCGGCACGAUCCGAGGCCGCCCGCGAGGCUUCACGGUGGGCGCGGUUCCAGCGAGCUCUGGCCACGGUACCUACAACGCGUCUGGCCGCAUGCUCGUAACGAGCAAGUCGAGACCGCGCUCGCUGCUCUGCAACGAGAUCGUGCCGGGUCUGGACCUGGCCGAGCGUCGCGCGCCGACGAUCAACUCACCCCUGGAGCGGCUCAACGUGCAGUUUGCGGCCUCCUCGAGCUCCCCUGCCAGCUUGGCGGCCGGUUCGGCAGCCGCGAGACGCCACGAAGCAGCCAACGCCUCGACUGCCCCGCUUGAUGACCGGCACGAUGCACCGUCUUCAUCUCAUCGCACCGCCUCCGAGCGCGGAGAGGCUGCCAAUGGUGGUGCCGACGAUGCUGCGAGCGACCGUCGGCCCAGUAUCGGUGGUCGCAGCCGGAGCGGUAGCAGCGCGAGCCUGCUUCAGCAAGUCAAGUCGCAACCCAAGUCGCACGCCAGCUUCGUUAUCGCCGUCGUCGGCCACAGCCAGGCGGGCAAAUCGACCGUCAUCAAGAAGGGGCUGAGGCAAUUUGGACUGUCCAAGCCGCACGUGCUGUCGGAAAAGGUCACAUCGCACUCGACGGCCUGCGUGGUCGACCAGGAGCAACGUACGAUCGAAGUGCUGGAGAUUGAUGCUUCGGUGCUCCUCAACGGACCGGGAAAACGCUUCGCAUGGCCCAAGUUCCUCCCGCACAUCGACGCCGUCAUCCUCUGCUACGAUGCAGCCCAGAUUUCCUCGUUCCGCGGCAUGUCCGAGCUGCUCGAAAAUUUUGCCCUGAGCAACCUCAGCACCGUUAUGCUGGCCUGCAAGUCCGAGGUGCACCCGAAGGCAGUGGACCCGUACUACGCCAGCGACAUGGCGAGCGUCUACAACGUGGGGCUGGCCGAAUGCACCGUCGAGAGCGAGGAGGGCAAGAAGCGGAUGCGGGACUGCUUCUCGUACCUGGUCAAGGAGGUGGCCAAGGCGAGGACGGGCAAGGGUAGGCGCCCGGUGGCUUCGACCGUGCCGCCGUCGCACGGCCAGGCGCGCCCGUCGCAGCAACAGGCGUCCCCAUCACGUGCCUCUUUGGACGGUCAGCCCAUGCCACUGGACCAGGAGGCGUUGCGCAAUCAGCCGGACGACUCGGGCGCUUCUCCCCAUCGCAGCUCCCUGACGCUGUCGUCGCGCGCUCGGGGCGAUAGUGCCGCCAGCGGUGCCAGCUCGUACCUCGACCCGUCCCCGAGCCGGCUCGGUUCGCUCGACGUCAGCAUGGAGCAGUCGUCGUUCGAGGGCUCCUCUUCGGCCUCGGGCCACAACGCUUCGUCGGUCAGCCUGGCCGAAUGGAGAAACACGCCGCGCAAGAUGAGCAACGCGACCGUGUCGUCGAACCUCUCGGACGCGCCCUCGUACACGGGGAGUCAGGAGGACGACCUGGCUCUGCAGGAGAGCCUGGCCAAGGCGAGGAUCGGCUUGCAGAACGCCAGGUCCGCCGGCGGCUACGUUACGAUCGAGGAACUGUGGGACAAGCUCUUCCACGCGGCCGUAUCUGGCAACGACGAGCGCUUCCGCGACAUGUUCAUGGUCUUCUACCGCGGCUUCGCGAGGCCCAUUGACCUGCUGCGGCAGAUGGAGGCGCGGUUCGAGGCGCUGGCGACGGGCGAGAGCAGCGAGCUGGUGAUGAACCGCUUCGCGCUGAUCCGGCUCACCAACAUGCUGGGCGAGUGGGUGCAGAGCUAUCCGGGCGACCUAUCGCACCCGGAGACGUAUGCGCUCCUCACUAGCUUCUACGCCCGCCUCCAGCAACACCCGUCAACGACCCACACCGCCAGCCUGAUUCGCUACGCGGUCGAGGCCGCCGCACAGGCUCCGGACAUCGACGCGGUAUGGAGCAAGGCGGUCGAGGGCGCUCCCACCGCGCCGGCCGUCUCCGAGGCGUCCGGAAACGGCGACGAUGCGGUGGCUGCUGUCUCUGCUGAUAGCAUUGCUGCUUCGGCAAGCGGCGGCGGCGGCGGCGGCGGCAGCGAGAGUGAUCUGCUCAAGCCGUCUACGCCAGCCUCUGGGGCGAGCGUCAGCUCCAGCAGUAUUCCCGCGACGACGGCGCAGGGACUGGCUCCCGGCGCGCACGACGACGCCAGCUCGCCCGUUCGCAGCCUUUCCGACGUCAACCUGGGCCGGGGUGGGUCAGAGACCAGCCUGCUGCCCACCCCCCUCGAUCCGUUCCUGGACGGCCGCAACCGGAGCGCGUCGGACGUGACGACAUCGUCCAAUGAAGGCGCGGCCGCCAAUCUGCGCGCAUUUUCGGCGGCGGCCAACGCCAACAGCAGCCUCAGCGCGAGCGGCAGCGGCGGCACGGUCAAUGCGCCGGGCAGCGGCCUCGCGUCGCCGGCUAGCCCGAGCGCGAGCUACCUGAGCGCCGAGGCGGCGCUGCGCCCGUUGGACCAGAAGGCGGCGCUGCGGGCCAUCUCCAACACGCUGAUGGAGGUCGACGACGAGGUGAUUGCGGCCGAGCUGACGCGGCUCGAGUGGCGGCUGUUUACGGCGAUCCGGCCGCGCGACCUGUUGCGCCACAUCCUGGUGCCCCGCGAGCUGCGCGACGGGCCCGUGGCGCGCUCGAUUGCGCACUUCAACUACAUCUCGGCGUGGGUCUGCUCGAUGAUCCUGGCGCAGGGCAAGGCCAAGCACCGGGCGCGGCUGCUGGAAAAGUUCUACAACAUUGCCUCGAUCCUGCGGCACGACAACAACUACGGCUCGCUCAACAGCGUGCUGGGCGGGCUGAGCAAGACGGCGGUGCACCGGCUCAAGCACACGCGCGAGCUGCUCAAGGGCAAGCCGGUCAACAAGGUGCACCAGAGCCUGGUGCGCCUCAUGUCGUCGGAGCGCUCCAACGCCGCCUACCGGCUGGCGCUCGACAACUCCGAGGGCGCCACGAUCCCGUACGUGGGCGUGCACCUGCAGGACAUCCUGUCGAUCUCAGACGGCAACCCGUCGAAGCGGAGCGACGGAUUGGUGCACUGGCGCAAGUUUAGCCUGAUGGACGAGGCCGUCAUGGCCAUUGUGCGCUGCCAGCAGUACGACCGCGUCAUCAAGCCCAACCCGGCCGUCGAGAAGCUCAUUGUCGACGUGCCCGUCAUGGACGACGAGGCGCUCUACGAGCGCAGCCUGGUCGUCGAGCCGCGCACCCAGCCCGGCCAGACGAUUGCCAGCAGCAAGAUCAAGGACCUGAAGAGCUUCCUCAGCAACGCGUCGUCCUCGGCCACUAACGCCGUCUGA